AUGCCGAAAAAAACAACGCGAAACACAAUGGAUCUUGUUUCCAAGCCAAGCUUGCUGGAGGCAGACAAUACAAUCCGUCUUAACCUAAUGGUGCAGCUCAUAACCGCGGCCGUUGUCCUUUGCGUCUUUUUGGCGUGCCGGGCAAAGAUCCCCUGGCUGUACUCUACCAACCCGAUGCGGUGCAAAAAGCACCCUGCGGCGCCGUACACCGGCCUGUUCAACUGGGUCGUUCCUGUGUUCACCAUCAAGGACAUGGCGCUCCUGGAGCUGAUAGGCUUUGACGCGUUUCUGUUCAUCGAGACCCUCAAGCUCCUGGGCAUCGUGUUUCUGGUGCUUUCGCUGGCUCUUAUGCCGCUUUUGGGAAGCUACUACUUUUUUUUCGCCAAAAGCGAGAUGAAGCUGCAGCUUAUCAUGCGGCUUUCCCUGCUCUCCAUGCCGUACAGCCCGCGGUAUGCAAACUGCAUUGUCCCGUGCCUUGCCGCCUGGGUCAUCACGCUGAUUAUCGUGUACUUUCUUUUUUCUUUCUACAGGAAGUACGUCAUACUGCGGCAGAUCCACAUAAGGGACCGGGUCUUUUCGAAGUCGACGCCCUCCAUCAAAAAGUCUCUUGACGAAAUGAAGUCUCUGAGCAGCACGCUCGAAUGCAUAAACAUCUGCACAAAAACCGUGCUCAUCUGCAACCUGCCGCACUUUAUCAACAACAAACAGGACCUCCAGACGUACCUGAACACGCUGGGCCUGAAAGAGCCGAUUGAAAACGCACACAUCAUUUUAGACACAAAAAAGCUCGAGAUGCUGGUGGAAAAGAAGAAGAAGAAGCUGCUGGAGCUUGAGGCGGAGCUGCAGAAGUUUUUCAUCCUCUUAAACAGAGCGUCAAUCGACACCGAGUUCUUCUCCGAGCACAUUGACCACUACGACUCGUCCCUCGACCUCAUCUCCAACGCGAUUGUGUGGAAAAAGGAGAGCGCUGCGGGGCGCGCGCGCAGGAAGGGGGCCACGGACGCGCUUAUGGAAAAAGCGCUCUGCGGAAGAUUUUUUGAAGUGCUUGACCGCAUAUAUCCGGGAAAGGCCAAGUUCAACAUAUCUGAGUGCAUGAAGCAGAUCAAGGACCUGACAGACUUGAUCGAAGUUGAGAGGAAGAAGUCUGCCCACAGCACCCUCUCCAGCACCCAGGCGCUGGAGAGCCUGUCGGAAGUCGCCGGCUGCGACGAAAACCCCGAGCUGCACGACAAAUACAACCUGUACGAGCAGACGUCCAUAUUUGUGCAGGCUUCUUCUGUUUUCAACAUACGGCAGGCGUACACAAGCCUGUCCAAGACGAUCCCGCUCCGGACCAAAAGCGGGUUUGUCACGUUCAAAACGUCUGAGCAGGCGUCGAUUCUCCGCAUGUCCCUAAUCGGCUCGGGCGCCUUUUCAUGCCGCGCUCUGGAGGCGCCCCCUCCGGACCAGAUCGUGUGGUCGACGCUCACCGACAGUCCCAUGGAAAGAGCGCUGCGCAAGCUCGCAGCCUCCAUCGUGACCGUUGUGUUCGUCUCCGUGUUUAUCCUGCUUGUUUUCUUUGUCUCAACGCUGAUCAACAUAGACGCGUUCUACUCCAUUAUCCGGGCGAUAAAUCCGGAGCUCAACGUGAUUGCCGAAACCCCAAAGUUUAGAAAGGCCUUCCAGGGAAUUGUUGUGCCCACUGUGUACUCAAACUUUCUGUCGAUUGCGCCCGCCGUGCUGAAGGUCAUCUGCACGCUUGAGGGAAGCAUCUCGUACAUCGAGUUCCAGAAAAGCUUUGGGAGGAAGUACUCGAUUUUUCUGUUCAUCAACGGGUUUUUGGUUCUCAUUUUUGGAACGACGAUAGCCAGCCUGGUGUACAACAGACGGCAGGCCACUAUCGACAUCAUGGGGCUGGUCUCCACGCCGGUCGUGUCGUCGUCUGUUUUCUUCUUCAACCUGCUAAUCCACAAGACAUUUGGCGAGCUGACCAUGCAGCUUCUGGACAUUGGGGGGCUGGUUUCGUGGUGCGUGACCUACGUCCUGGGCGGAGUGUACACGCGAAGGCAGGAGGUGCAGCGGUUUGAGUCUCACCCGGCAAACUUUGGGUCUAUGUACCCCCGCGUGUUUCUGCUUUUUCCUAUGGUUCUCAUAUACUCAAUCAUAUGCCCGCUGUUCAUGCUUCUUGGGUGCCUCUACUUCUUCGGGUCUUUUGUCGUAUUCAAGUACCUGUUCAUAUACUCGUAUGUGAGCGACGUGGAGAGCGGGGGCGAGCACUGGCCCUCGCUUUUCAUGAACAUUUUCGGCUCCCUCGUGUUUCUGCAGACCAUCACCGCAACGUACUUUGCGUCGCAGAAGCAGUACAUUGCGCUCGGACUGAUCCUCCCCCUGGUCAUCAUAACGGUCAGCGUAUGGAAAAGCUUUUCCGAGCUGAUCCAGAAAAACUGCUACUAUCUGCCCAACAACACGCUGGAGUCCAAGCAGAGCCACACCUCUAUCAAAAAGCUGUUCCUGUCGCGGAAAGACCAGAUUCUCAACUGGACGGAGUCCUCGGCUGUGAAAAAAGACACGUAUUUUCUGUACAAGGAAAAAGUCCUGGCAAACCCCGACGAGCUUCCGUACAUAUACAAAGACUUUUCGUUUCUGCCCUCCAUCGCGUCCAUCAUUGUGCCAAACUGGUUCUACACGACUCUUAUGUACAUACGCGAGAACGGAGACGAUGCGCUGUUUGACCUCCAGGGCAGCCAGCUGUGGUAUUCUUAG